UCUUUUCUCUGCCCUCUGAGGUCGGCCUCCGACAGCUGGACAUGUCGCUGCUGUGCCAGCUGUACAGCCUCUACGAGUCCAUCCAGGAGUACAAGGGCGCGUGCCAGGCCGCGUCCAGCCCCGACGGCGCGGACGCGCUGGAGAACGGCUUCUUCGAUGAGGACGAGGACGAGAUCCAGGGCCAGAGCCCCCUCUGCGAUGGGAGGGUCUGCGAUGGGAGGGGGCGCGGCCCGCCGGGGGCCCUGUCCCUGCCUGCCUGCACCCUCACCAGCAGCGACUGGAUCCUGGAGUCCAUCUAGCCGGUCUCAGGACAGAGGCGACCCUCAGCGCCAGACGCACUGCCCGCCUCCGCUUCUCCUGCAGGAAGGCCCCCUGCUCUGCACUGGGGCGGUCCCUGGACACGGGGGACCAGUGCUGCCAGCUUCUCUCGCAGGCGGGGGACCCCGGGACACCCUGCGCAGUCCGCACUGAUGGCCGGUUUCUGCGUCCGUGGUGCGGAGGUGCCGAGUGGCCUCCGUUGUGGCACCGACGCUCCAGCAGGGGCUCCUAAGGAAAACAGGCAGGGGGGGCCUCCGAGAAGGUCCUCCCGGCAUUUCCUGAGUGACAGCACCUAGCUGGAUACGUCCUGGCGGACGGGCCACGGGCGGCGCCCUCUGCGUGGGUCCGUCUCCCGUCUGCGGUGGACCGGGCUGGCCUCCCACGCCGCCCUCCUCGGUGCCUGCUGCGGCUGCUCCCGCUUUUCCGUGAGCUUUCCAGCCUGGCCGUGGCGGCACUUGACUCACCUUCGUCACCGACCAGGCCCCGUGCUGAAGAACGUCCAGGUCACACCAAGCAACUGCGACCUCUUCGCCCGUCAGAAAAGCGCACCGUUCUCUGCUCGUCAGACUCAGGAGCACAGUGCGCAGAGGCGUCGAGGGCGGGAAGCAGCGUCGGCCCCUGUGCCGUGGCAAAGGCUGCGUGUUUAGCUUCCGAGCGUGCGGCGGUGCACGCGACACCGACCCCACCCGGUCGCCGGGGAUCACCUUGAGCCUUAAUGUAUUUAUUGAAACCCUUUGUGAACACUUUACACUUGGUAGGUUAAAAAUGAGGAUAAAACGCUAAACUCUC